CAUGCGAAAAGCCAUUACCAAGAUUUUUUUUCAUUCCUAUCUUUGGUUUUAGACAGAUUUUACUCAAAACAUUGCCUUUCUUUAGAAACAAGGAACGAUUCCUUUUUUUAAAGAUCUCUGAACGGUGGAAAAGAUUUCUACAGACUUUUCUUGGUAAUUCUAGUUAAUUUCGAACUAGCUAUAAAUAUUUGUGUUCUUUUGGUUUUUGGUUUGCCAUUGCAGAAAUGAAGAAUAAAUACAGUCCUGUUUCAGAUUCUGACGAGUCUUUUAAAACGCUCAUUGAUGAAAAAUCAGAUAUACAUUCUUCAGAGGGUACGCCUCCUCCGUAUUCAGCUCCGAACAAAUUUAUUGAUUUAGAAAUGGCUGAUGGAUCUGCUCAGCAUUCUGCCCAAGAGUCCACUAACAACGCUGGAUCGGAUUCGAAAUAUUCGAAGUGGAUUAUUAUCAUAUAUCUCUUUUUUUUUGCAUCUCUUGUGUAUAUUGGGGCUUAUGGUAUUCUUCUCGUGAUGUUCUUUUAUUUCAAAGUUCCUGUGAGGGCGCAAGACCUUUGGGGACUUUUUGGCGGAUUUAUUGGAGCGAUAUUAUUAUUUCUCUGUUCAAUUUCUCAAAUUCCUAAAGAAUGGUUCAAGCAAACUGGUAGAGUGCUGUCCAACAUGUGUGUCGCAGUAAUAUGUACGGCUUCUCUGAAUGGUGUUGGUUUCGUCGUCUAUUUUAAUGUAAAGAACAUAAUAGGAUUUGAAAAGAUGAACGAUAUUGCUUUCUAUGGUGUCUGGUUUGUUAACGUUGCCGUGUUUGUUUUAUUUUGGAUAAAUCCAAUUGCCCGUGAACGAUUUAGAUUAUUAGUCAUUGAUAUAGGAAACGGCGCAAAUGCCAUAGGAAACGGCAUAAGAAAUUCUGUGAAUCGUGUUUUUGGAACAAAUCAAGGAGAUGAAGUACCUCAGAACGAAGAAAUCGCCCUUCAACCUCUUGCUGAGCAAAGUGGUGAAGUUUGAAUUUUAACGAACCUGGUUUACGUUUUUAUAAUUCGCAUUUCCUUUGGAAGUAUUCAUGUCAAUAUUGCAGUCCAUCAACCUUGCAUUCGCAUUAUCCUCCAAAGUAAGCAUUAUCUUAAUAAGACGGCUUAAGGUGCUUUUGUCAUUCACUCUUUCAUGAAUCUUUUUUAUUCCUCACGCAAUAUCGUUGUUUAUGCUUUGUGAAUAGAAUUGAACACUCUUUUUAAUGAUUGUUUAAUUACUUUAACGAAAAUUCUUCCGUGAUUAACUAUAACUUCAACACAGUGUCGUGUAAUUGCAUGUCUUUAAUAAAUGUAGUCAAGGCCGGAAUAUCGCAAUGUCAUCAUCAUACAGAAGAGUCUUUAACUACAAAAUGUAAGAAUGUCCUUACUGGAUCACAACUGAACUUGUAGUAAUCUUACCGACGGGAACAGAUGUUUAUGGCUAUACCUAGACAAAAACAGCACACCAGUUCCCGCUCGAUCACUGCAGUUAAGCGACCGAGGGUCUCGUUAGUAUUAUGGUUGGAGACAACAUGGGAAUCCGGGAUGCUGUAGGCUUUUUCUUCUUGAUUUUUCCUUUUCGUUUUUGGAAUUCUUAAUUAUUGCUUCUAUAUAACUUUCAAACGCCAUAGUUCAUUCGGCGAGAUUACGCGUUGACCUCGUUCGACUGUUGCACAAUGCUACUGAAUAGGUAACGAUCCAAAUGUACAAUAAUAAAUCAUCCGCAUAGGAGAGACAUAAAUGGAACGUUCAAUUAUAGAUAUAUGUUCACUC